UCCAUCCUCAGCAUGUAAUUUCCUUUCUCAUGGCCUCAUGAUCUAAGAUGGCUGCUCCAGCUCUGCCAUCCUGUUGGCAUCCCAGGCAGGGAAGGAAACAGAAGAAAGGGCAAAAAUGGUUCGGCUCUUAAAAGCCCUACCCAUUCAGCUCACAUCCCAUUAGCCACAUCAUCAUACAGGACUUCCAUUACUAAAGAAAGAGGCAGGGAUAUGGAGGAGGAAACCAGCAAACUCCACAGGCCUGAGGAUUGAAGCAAAGUCAUCUAAUUCUGCGCACUCAUGAAUCUCAGGAGUCCACUUAAGGAUUAAAACAGUUGUUUCAGGUCAGGGAAAAACGAGAAUCAGGGGCUUAGGAUGCCAUUAAUUCCUUUGUGACUUUGGGUUAAUCUCCCCCUUUUCUAUGCCUAUAAAGAGAGAUUCAGAGUAGAUCUUCAACAGCAGUAGCCUCUUAAUCUUCUCCAUCUUCAUCAUCUUCUUCACCAUCAUCCUCUUCGCCAUCUUCAUCACCAUCACCACUAACUUCUUCACCAUCUUUAUCAUUGUCAUCAUCUUCAACACCUCCGUUGAUAUCAGCUUCCUCUUCAUCAUCAACAAUCAUGUCAUCCAUCACCAUCAUCACCACCACCACCUUCACUAUCAUAACCACCAUCAUCUUCACCACCACCAUCAACACCACCACCAUCACCAUCAUCAUCUUCACCACUAUCAUCGCCAUCAUUACCUUCACCACUAUCACUAGCAUCAUCAUCACCAUUGUCACCCCAGCUCGUCCUGAGCACCUACUGUAUGCCAGGCACUGUAUGUAUCAUGGUAUCUGAUGCUUACUGCAACGGUGUCAGGAGGUAUUGCUGUCUCCCACCACCUCCAACUCUAAACUGAGAAACUGAGAGGCUCACAUAGGCCUGCCUUCUACUCACCACUAACAGCAGCUAUAGGUUCCUGAGAAAGUACAAUAGGCUGGAUGCUGGAAUCAUCUCCCUCACCAUCAUCUUCCUCAUCCUCAGGAUUAACUCAUUGACCCCAAACGACAGCUCCAUGAGGUGAGUGCCAUCAUCACCAUCAUUUCAUAGAUGAGAAACUAAAGCCACAGAGGGUCAGGAGUUGUCCAAGGCCACUCCGCUGGGAUGGGAUCAUGUGAUGUGGGGCUGGAAAAUCUGAAGUCCAGAGGGCAGCCCAGCACCUGCAAACCCUCAGAUGGUUUCAACCUUCUUCAAGAGUCCAGCACCCAGGCAGGUGUUCCUGCUGGCUCCGGAGGGGCAGCGUUGGGUGUGCACGGGCAGAGGCUUGGCUUAGCUCUGCUGGCGGGCACGAUCUCCUUCACGGCCUGGACUUUCCUGGCUCACCCACUCGGGAGGCAGCAGGGUGGACCCUUUGUUAGUGGUGUCACUGUUGCUGGUGGGAAGCUGGUGGCCGGAUGCCUGUGGGCAUUCCACUCACCCUGCGUGCCAGGCUCCACUGGCCACUGCUGCCCGGCUCUGGGUGUGACCCCACCCUGUCUUGCUCUUCCUCCCACGGCAGGGGUUCUGGAAAAGCCCCGGCUGCCAGGGGAGGGUGGAGGAGGGGCUGCCCUGCCAAGCAGGCACCAUGCCACUCAAGGUGUGCCAGACUGCAGCUGGCCCCCCACCCCCAGUCCUUUCUUCCCUCUCCUUUUUGUUCAAGACCUUUUGAUUUGGGAACAAGGCCGCUUUAUGUGGCACUGGGCCUCGCCAGGCCUCCCUGCCCCACCCAUGGCUGGGGAUUUCCUUUUCAUCUGGCGCUGGGAGCCCGGGGCCUCGGAGCAAGACGGCAGGAGGGACUUGGUGGUGUCACAAAACCUGGGUGACUCAGCUUUCAGUGGGGUAUUGUGGCCUUGCAGCUUUGAUAUUUUAAGUGGGAGUCACAACAAAGGGGAGGCCAGGGGCAGUGGGAAGGUGAUGCUCCUUGCGAGGGCUCUUAAUGGCGAGGGCUUCUCAGGCACAGCCGCUGAAAGGAGGCCUCUCUCCCAGGAGGACUAUUGCCUUUCGGUGGGAGGACUGGCCUGUGACCCCGGUCUCUUAAGGAUGACAUUGAGCACGGCUGCUGUCUCAGGGUUUGGGGGGGUCGGCUGCCGGCACGUUCCCCCCCACUCCACCGCAGCUAGCUCCUUACCUGCCCUCAGUUCUGGAGCUUCCCACGGGGGUGCAGCCACAGGCUACUCUGGCCAGAAGCUUCGAGGCACAGAGGCACCUGGAGGCCUCGAGCCCAGGUCCAGGGGAGCUUGGGGAGCCCGAACAGGAGGAGGAAGCCUGGAGGCAGGCCAGCCAGAUGGACUCAGGCUGCAGGUGCACGCAGGACAGAGAAUGCAGCUCUUUCCGUUUCUGCCCUGCAUGCCUAUGGGCAGCACGGGGCUCGCACAUUUUUAUUUCUUUGAAGAUAAAUGGGACCUGAAGCCAAUGAUUAAGAUUCUGUGUGCCUGCUUCUGGUCUGUAGGGUAGACCCUGGGAGCAUGCAUCCCAACAGGGGGUGUGAGGGUGAAUGGCUGGUGCCUGCAACAAUGUGUCUGAAGUAGGAAUGAACCAGUCU